AUGCCAGCAAGUUCUUCAAGCUUGUGGCGUCGAAUUUGGACGACAAGCGCAUGCAGAAGGACGGACAGAGACGGGAUUCAGCUCAUGCGGACCAUUGUGGCUCACGGGCUCUCGCCCACCAACCUCAUCCAAAACCAGCUCAUACGUUCUUGGAAGAGCAAGCUUCCCGACCACGUCGUGGAGGUCUUCGUCGACCUGCGGGAGAAGGGUGUGCACCUCAGCGCGACCGCGUACCGCUGCAUCAUGGCCGCGCAUGAGCGGACCGAGCCCGUAUUCACUUUGCGUCUUUACGACGAGAUGACUCAGCGGGGCAUCAAAAUCGACCGGGUGGCUUUCAAUGCGGUGUUAUGCGCUUGCUCGCACCUCGGCAUGACCAGCCAGGCUCUUGAGUUAUUUGAGCAGAUGCCCAAGCUCGGGCUGGAUCCCAACGGGAAGACCUACGGCAUCCUCAUCAGGGCCUGCACCAGCGCCAAAAAGCUGAAGGAGGCCCUUGAGCUCUUCGGGUCGAUGCGGGCGGCGGGCAUCGAGCCCAAUCGCUUCGCCUUCCGCGACGCCGUCCACUGCUGCGUCAAGCUCAAGAAGCUCGACGAGGCCUACGAGCUGUACAAGGACCUGGUUAGGGCCAGCGCAGUCCCUUGCAGCAGCACGUGCACGUACAUCUUGGAGGCGUGCCAAAAGAGCGGCUGCCCGGCGCUCGCGAAGCGCAUCCAGGCGGACAUGGACGCUGCGGGGCCGAGGGGUGCGUCUCGGUUCGAGGAUUUCAGGGGCCAUGCGGAAACCAUGGACUCGGAUACUGAGUAG